AUGCCACAUAGUAACUCAUUGCCGCCAAAAGAAAAUGCUCUUUUUAAAAGGAUUUUGCGUUGCUAUGAACAUAAACAAUACAAAAAUGGGUUGAAAUUUGCCAAACAAAUACUAUCUAAUCCAAAAUUCGCGGAACAUGGAGAGACACUGGCUAUGAAAGGUUUGACGUUAAACUGCCUUGGUCGUAAAGAUGAAGCUUAUGAAUAUGUUCGUCGUGGUCUCCGUAACGACUUGAAGUCGCCCGUGUGUUGGCAUGUCUACGGUCUGCUACAGAGGUCUGAUAAGAAAUACGAUGAGGCCAUCAAAUGUUAUCGGAACGCACUCAAGUGGGAAAAGGAGAACAUCCAGAUCCUUAGAGAUCUUUCAUUGCUUCAAAUUCAGAUGAGAGAUUUAGAAGGUUACAAAGAUACCAGAUACCAACUGUUCAUUCUGAGGCCAACGCAGAGAGCUUCGUGGAUAGGGUUUGCGAUGAGUUACCACCUCCUCGGUGAUUACGAGAUAGCAAACAGUAUUCUCGAUGCUUACCGUACAAACCAGAUGAAGGGUCCUUAUGAUUAUGAACAUUCUGAAUUGUUACUCUACCAAAACAUGGUUCUUGCCGAGUCCGGUCAAUAUGAAAGGGCUUUGCAGCAUCUUCAUAAGUUCCAAAGUCAGAUUCUAGAUAAGCUUUCAAUUAAAGAAACCUCUGGGGAAUAUUAUUUGAAAUUAAAGAGGUUUAAAGAUGCGGAAGCCGUUUAUGAGGAUUUAUUAAAAAGGAAUCCUGAGAAUGUUAUGUAUUAUCAGAAAUUAGUAGAAGCUAAACAGCUUAGUGAUCCUGAUGAAAAAGUGGCCUUUUAUGAUGUAUAUAAGAAGGAGUAUCCAAGAGCAAUAGCACCCCGGCGGUUGCAGCUUACCGAGGCUUGCCUGCCAGCCUUUGAAUCUUUAGUAGAUGAGUAUCUUCGUCAUGGACUACAUAAAGGCAUCCCGCCACUAUUUAUGGAUUUAAGAUCAUUAUAUGCGGAUCAAAGUAAAGCGGACACAAUAGAGAAGUUAAUAGAACAAUAUAUGGACUGUUUAUCAAAGUCUGGUACAUUUGGACCUAAAGCCGAUGAAAUCAAGCAGCCAGCUAGUGCCUUGCUAUGGACUUAUUACUUUGCAGCCCAGCAUUACGAUUAUAAACAAGAUACAGACAGAGCACUGAAGUACAUAGAUGCAGCUAUAGAUCAUACACCUACAUUGAUAGAGCUUUAUAUCGUUAAGGGAAGGAUUUAUAAGCAUGCCGGAGAUCCAGUGCGAGCUUACGGUUGGCUUGAAGAGGCUCAAGCUAUGGACACAGCGGAUCGAUAUGUGAACAGCAAGUGUGCGAGAUACAUGCUGAGGGCUGGCCACGUACAAAGAGCGGAGGAUAUGUGUGCCAAGUUCACAAGAGAAGGUGUACCAGCUACUGAGAAUCUCAACGAGAUGCAGUGCAUGUGGUUCCAGACAGAAGCCGCUGCGGCGUACCAAAGACUCAAACAAUGGGGAGAGGCGUUAAAGAAGGCUCACGAAGUUGAUAGGCAUUUCUCAGAAAUAAUGGAGGAUCAGUUCGAUUUCCAUUCAUACUGUAUGCGUAAGAUGACGCUCCGGUCGUACGUGGGUCUCCUAAGGCUAGAAGAUGUUCUCCGAGCUCAUCCAUUCUACUUCAGAUGUGCUCGUGUAGCCAUACAAGUAUAUCUGAGACUCUACGCACAUCCGCUUCAAGAUGUCCCACAAACACAGGAGCCAGAUACAGGUGAGUUAGAACAUUAA